AUGCAGGCGGCAAGUAAUGAAGAAUCAGAUUUGAAGAAUAACGUGUUUGAUGGGUUGGACAGUUUGUCAACACUGAUUGUGAGUGACUAUCUUCUGUGCUGUUACUUUAAACAAGAUCUACAAGAAAAGUGCAUAGAGGGGUUUCAGAUUCCCGAACUCUUUGUCUGUCAGCUGGUACCAUACAAUGUCUUGAAGGCCUUCAUGUGGAUCUUGGGCAUCAGCGCAGUCGUUGGCAAUCUCUUUGUCAUGGCUUGGAGGUGUCGGGAGAAGACGGGGAACCGUGCUGGUCUGAUGAUUAAUUCCUUUUUGGUGUUCAAUCUCGCUGGAGCUGAUGCUCUGAUGGGCUUGUACAUGUUGAUCAUAGCGGGGGCUGAUGCGCACUACGGGGCCCAUUAUUUCGAGAUGUCUGGUGAGUGGCGAACCAGCGCCGCGUGUAAAGCAGCAGGGUUCAUCUCCAUCAUGGCCAACGAAGCGUCUGUGUUUCUCUUAGUUCUCAUCAGCGUCACGAGAUUCAUGUUUAUUGUCUUCCCGUUUUUCACCAAUCGUUGUCUGACUUUCAAGGUGGCUAAGAUCGUUGUGGGCUUCGUUUGGCUCCUGACGGUCAUUCUUGCCGUGGUCUCUACAGUUCUGGCUUCGGAUGAGGAUUCUGACGCUUACGGUCUCUCAGAUGUUUGCAUUGGUCUACCGCUGACGACCAACAUUACAGAAUAUAAAAUAGAGCCAAUCGUCGGACCUGUUGAAAGAUUCGGUAACGUGACCCUCGCCAGACAAGUGCCGACAAACCAGUCCGCUACCUGGGUCUUUUCUAUCGUCCUGUUCCUGGGUGUCAAUCUGUUCUGUUUCUGCCUCAUUCUGGCCUGCUACGUCGCCAUCUUUGUCAAAGUCAAAGUGACAGCCAGACGAGUGCGCAGCUGCAGCACGAGAGAUGAAAGCGAGGUUCGGAUGGCCGUCAAGAUGGCGGCCAUUGUCUUGACAGAUUUCCUGUGUUGGAUCCCCGUCAUUAUCAUGGGAAUUCUCUUCCAGGCUGGUGUGGUCGAGAACAAUCCUGAGGUCUUCGUCUGGAGCGUUGUCUUCAUCCUUCCCAUCAACUCCUCCAUCAAUCCUUAUCUCUACACAUUCCUGGAUGUUUGCCUCAAGAAACUACGCAAGAAACCACCGCAAAAGAAGGAAGAAAUCCCAGUCGAGGCCACGCCUUCAUCACAACAAACGACCUCUACGACUCGAUGAAUGAAUACUAAAUGUUUGAAAAUAUUCGUCUCUGAGGGCUCUCAUUUAUACAGUUUUGGUUUCAUCACUAAAACGUUAACUAGCACAAUAAAUAUAGAAUAUUGAAUAUAUGUACUUGAACUUGACGCCAUGCCCGCAGCACAAAACUAAACGACGACUGAUGGAUGAGUAAAUCUUUGAAAAUAUCAUAUCUGUGUAAA